AUGGUGCUGGACUUAUGUCCGGAGCUUUAUGAUGGUGGCAAAGAACACCUCCUCUGGCACCCGGAGAACGAAGAGACGCAGCGGCGGCGCUGGCUGGCCCCCAACGAAGCACCGAAGCCGGUUGCAGUCAAUGUGCCCAAGGCCGUCCCAGCCACGAUUGUCGUGCCAGCCAGCUCACAGCGUACACAACGCACAAUGGGGCCUUCCUACUCGUACGUCGUGGGCCACGGCCCAGGACGUGAGCUUUCGCGGACCUAUGCAUCCGCUCGCAGUGUCGCAGGCUGCCAAGCUCCAGGCGGCUUUGCUGGCCACACCCACACCAACACGAUCCCAAAGUCGGCAGAUACGGUGGCAAACAGCGGUGCCUCGAGUCUCGAUCGGAGCCGUUGCCCAGCGUUCCCGGUGACAAUCCAACAUCCAGCCUUUCCAACCGUGCGCAUGAAGGCAGUCUGCCAAGCAGCACCUCCAGUCACGGUUUAUGUCGUCCAGUCUCCGGUGUUUGUGCAAGCUCCAGUUGCUGCGCAUCACGUGCGACCAAUGAGUCGGGAGACGUCCUUUGUCGGAGGAUACCGUCCGAUAGUCUACUCUGUAUAUGUUAGCAAGCGCGUGUUUAGCUGGGGAACCGUACCACCGCUGCUACUGCGUUCCUCUGCACCAAUCUCGCAGAAGCGGCGCCUAUGCACUGUAGAUAGCUUGCAGGUCUGCGGUCCGCCACCAGAGCGGAACAGCUUCUUCCUGAGGUGUCGAUCCGACACAGACAUGACUCCAGAGGAGCUCCUGGACGCAUUCCGGGAGGUCGACUUGGUGAGGUCGCAUUCUGGGGGAAUCGAGCAGCUGGAUGGUUUUGACUACGGUGUUCUACUCUGUGAGCAUGCUGACCGCUACACUUCCCCACAGGAGGGCCCGCGGCACCGGUCCUCGAGUGACCUCGCGACGAGCAUGGAGAAAGCCGCCUUGCAGCACGUUGAGCCGCCAUAUCUCCAGAAGUCCAAGGAAGCCAACCCCGGCCCCUCGGAUGUUAGAGAAGAAGAACCUGAUUGUGUCGUUGAUGGAGCUUCUUGGCUGAAGUUCAACAUCAAAACACGCAUGCACGUGUCACACCACCGUGAGCUUCUUGGGAAGUUCCAGGCGCAAGAGGACAGCGCACAGAUUGCCGAAGGAUCCAGUGGCCCGGAGCAAGGCGACUCCUUUGCCGAGGAUGUCCUGGGCAUUGUUAGCGCUUCUGCGGCUGCCGGAUUUUUGAGUGCUGCGUUCUCCCUGGUGGCAAAGCGCUGGCUGCGCAGCCUCGCUAUCCGAGCAGCGAGGUGGGCCUCUCCCGCUGCUGCGCGCCCACCCCCGCCGACUGCUGGCGAGCAGCCGCAGGUCGUGCUGGAUCUGCCCCAGGCAGCGUGCAUCCUCAAGCCUUCAGGCUGGGAGGUCUACGAUGACAAUGCCGACCAUCAAUUGUCAGACUUCGUGCGCCGCCGAUUUGGUUGCGGAAUUGCGAACGACCUCAGGUGCCGCUAUGGAUUCUUGCAUCGCCUCGAUGUGCCGAGCUCGGGUCUGAUUCUCGCGGCAAAAACGCAUGAGUCCUAUUACGAUCUCCAAUUCCAGCUGGCAGCAGGGCAGAUAUCACGGAGCUACUUAUUGCUUUGCCACGGCUUCGUCUCUAAAGGGCGCCGUGUCCUCACUGCCUCUGUGUCCUGGCGCCGUCAGGGUGAGGCGAGGCCCUCCGCAGCGGGCGGGCGUGGCCGGCCAAGCUUCGCUUCACUUGAAGGCGGCGUACACGGUGUGCUGCAGGUCAGAGCCGUGAGCCGCCUCAGCCUCUUCAUAUCGACGGGUCGCCGUCACCAACUCAGAAGUCAGCUCGCACAUGUUGGCCAUCCCGUCGUCCGUGAUGCACUCUACUCCAGCCAGUGGUCGUUCGUGGCCGAUGCCGACUUCUGCCAGCGGAACUGCUUGCACCGCUCAGGUCUUGGCUUCCGCGACAUGCGAGGCCAGCCGCGCCACUUGGCUUCAAUCGCACUCAAACAAGAUGGUUGA